GUAAAUACGCGCUCCCAGUCGCGUCCAAGGCCCUAUAUACCGUCUGUGGUCGCGUCUGUGGAGUGGGGCGCGUGGGCGGUCUGGGGUGUUGAUGCAGUGGAAAUAAUAUUUUCCUUAUACCUAAGCGCAAAUCGAAAAUGUCAAAAACGCCAUUUGGAAUAUCUUUCUUCGAUAAGGUUGGCUGCUGCUCGGGCUACAACACCAGGGCUAGAAAUAUCACGUUCAAAUGGCUGAUAUUUUUGCUGACGUUUAUCACGUACGCCGCCUUCCACGCGUCCCGCAAGCCCAUCACAGUGGUGAAGAACGUGCUGAAUCAGAACUGCACCGGCAAGGAGCCGCCGCCGGGGGUCAACGCCUCGGCGGACCCGCACUGGUGUGACUGGGCGCCGUUCGAGGGAGAGGACUCCAAUACCCUGCUGGGGUUCCUCGACUCGGCGUACCUGUGCGGAUAUGCCUUCGCCAUGUUCUUCAGCGGCAUGCUGGCCGACCGGAUGGACCUGCGCUACUUCCUGUCGGGCGGCAUGGCGCUCUCAGCCGUCUUCACGGCCCUCUUCGGCCUGGCCUACGUCUGGGAGAUCCACUCGCUGGCCUACUUCAUCAUCAUACAGAUCGCGUGCGGCUGCGUGCAGGCCAGCGGCUGGCCCGGCGUGGUAACCGUCAUGGGCAACUGGAACGGAAAGGGCAACAGAGGUCUGAUUUUCGGCAUCUGGAACUCCCACACGUCGGUGGGGAACAUUCUCGGCUCGCUGAUGGCCUCGGCCUUUGUGGACACCGACUGGGGGCUGUCGUUCAUUGUGCCAGCUGCGUUCCUGGCAGCGGUGGGCCUCGUCGACUUCCUGGUGCUAUCUCCCUACCCGCAGGACGUGGGCUGCGACCCGCCCGUCCAGGACGUGCUGCUGGUGGUGCCGCACCAGGUGACCGACCUGUACUCGGAUAGUGACGCCGCCUCGGCCGACGAGAGCAAGGCGCUGCGAGCCGGCCCGGCCGCCGCCCACCCGGCCGGCGGCGUGUACGGCAGCGUCACCGGUCGCCGGCGCUCGGCCGCCCGCGCCACCGCCGCCGCCUCCGCCGACGAGCUGGCCGGCCUCAUCAGCGAGGGUCCGUCCUCGGACGAGAGCAGUGCUGAAGGGAGCUCCUCGCAGGCCGACCUGACCGACAGCAAGCCGCCCGUGCCGCUCGAGUCGCCGGUCUCAGAGGGCGGCGACGACGAGGGCGCCGUCAGCUUCUUCGCCGCCAUCCGGAUACCGGGUGUGCUGCCGUUCUCGGUGUGCCUGUUCUUCGCCAAGCUGGUCAGCUACACGUUCCUCUACUGGCUGCCGCGCUACCUCCACUCGGCCGCCGGGUACAGCCCCAGCCAGUCUGCCAACCUGUCGACGCUGUUUGACAUGGGCGGCAUCAUCGGUGGCAUCCUGGCCGGCCUGGCCAACGACUGGACGGGCACGCCCGGCAUCGUCUGCGUCAUCCUGCUCAUCAUCGCCAUCCCCAUGAUGUUUGUGUACCAGGCGGUGGCCACGGUGAGCCACCAGCUGAACAUGCUGCUGCUGGUGCUGGUCGGCCUGCUGGUGAACGGGCCGUACGCGCUCAUUACCACCGCCGUCUCGGCCGACCUGGGCACCUCGCUGCGUGGAAACGCUAAGGCGCUGGCCACCGUGACGGCCAUCAUUGACGGCACGGGCUCGGUGGGUGCCGCGCUCGGGCCACUGCUGGCCGGAGUCGCCUCCAGCGGUGACAACUGGACAGGCGUGUUCGUCAUCCUCAUGUGCUCGGACGCCAUUGCCAUAGCGUCGCUCUCCUGGGUGCUGCGGCACGAGGUGCGGGCGAUCCUGCGACGGAGAAGGGAGAGGUUAGCUGACGCCGCCGCCAACGAGCGGCCCUAGGACCUGUCCCAGUCGCCUACAACGACCGAGCCUGGUCGCUCGCUACCGCGGCGUCCGUCAGCAGCAGACCUGCGUCCCUCAGCGGCGGGAGCUGUGGCUGCCUCGGCGUAUUCGCCGGCCGGUCGGAGCAGCUGCGAGCGUUGCCUGCUGUGACGCCAGAGCGGCCGCUCGCGGCGCCCUUUGCUGGCUGGCCAGGGCGGCUGCGAGCGUUGCUGCUGUAGCCGCUCGCGGCGCCCCUGCUGUCUGAGUAGGGCGACCGGCGCUGCGCCCGCGUCUCAGCUGCGUGCGGCGGGCACAAAAGACAGCCGACGGGUGGUCCCUUCGGGUGCAGCGUUCCUCAAGGUGCCGCGCAGUGUGAGGGCAUUGUCUGGUUUCAGGAAACGCACGACUAGAGGGCACAUAUCCCGGUGAAUGUUCUCUUUGGAAUAGACGUCUGACCAAUUUUAAAUUUAUCGAUGUUUUAAGAUUUUUUGUAGACUGUCGAAUAAUUUCCAUUUCAAUUUGUGGGGCGAUAUUUUUGCAGAUGCGAGUACAAUAUUUAUGUGUAAUUUUGUGCAUAUUGCGUCUGAAUCACGUCACGCUUUCCCCAUUCUUUAUGCGUUUUCUUGCAUAUGACUAUUAAAGUUUAGAUUGUAAAUUUGAUGUGUUGAUUUGAUGUACAUCUCCCACCUUGCGUUUAUCACUGCGCCGUUCUAUGAGCCGCAUAUCGGCCUCAUUUGUGGGUGUCUGCUGCCUGCCGAGACUGUUACUGCAUCUCCUAUCGGGGUGCGGCUUUAUAUGGUAACUGUGUCUUUUGGCGCCGUCCGGAUCCCGAUAUCGACAGGCUACGUGGAGAUAUUCUCGCCCAGUGUCGCUCGAAUACUGGAGUGGUCAUUCCAUUGUAUCGUCGUAAAUUGAUUCCGCAUUUGAUUUGUUCCGGUCACAUGCGAUCAGUAUUACGAUGAUUUACCAUUCCUAAUCCUAUCGUUUGUUUUUAUCAACCGUGAGUGUUUUCCUGAAUGAAGUAGGCAGAUCAUUUUAUCUUGGAGGCUCAUCAACUUCUGGGAUCGGAUAUAUAUCAGGGAUAAUGUGUGACUGCUUUGGGAUAAUCUUGAUCCCCCAUUGCAAUCGUUCGCUACUUGAUGUUGAAUGUAUGUUGGCUUGCGCACAGCUGUCAACAGUAAGUGGCUGUUACAGAUGUAUUUGUUUAAUGUUGUGUACGGUGUUGUGCAUGUACUGUGGCUAUGGCGGGCGUGUGCGGUCCCAAUGAAUACCUACCGUGGAGACGCUGUGGAGACCGUGCCUCGGUCGUCACCCCACGGCCUGAGCGUGUGGCUCCCUCUAGUGAGCCGCCGGUCGACUGUCCUGUGAUCGGUCUGAGUGGCGCAUCGGCUCGUAACUCGUGUGAGACAACAGAUGGCUAUUUCCAGUGUGGAUAUCUCAUUAGUUAGAAACUACCAACGGUUAUGCCCAAAUACAUGCUGAAUGUA